CGCAAAUCUGAAUCCGAAAACGAAACGAGCAAAAUGGACGAUCUAGACGUUCUCCUGGACGACGUAGAGUCCAAAUACUGCGCUGCACGCAAGUUUCCCCCCACUCCUACCCUCAACCAGCCAAGGCCUCCCUCGUCUCCAAACAGCCUAAACGAGGCCAUCAACGAGAUCUGCAGCAUACCAGACACGGACGCUCGAGAAACUGCUGCUGGGACACACAAAGCUGGUGCAUCAACCGAAAGAACGAGGCAGUGCUACGUGGUGCAUCUAGCUGGCACGGAGACUGCUCGUGGGCUGUCAACAAGCGUCACCAAGAGGGCCUGCGACCGCCUCCACUGCUUCCAGUGCGACUUUCAAGUGUGCUCGUUCGAUGGCUUCGCUUGGAAUCAAGCCACAGACUACCUCUUCCUCAGAAACAACGUUCCGGAAUUGGAGCGACUCCGACCGCAGCUCGCGCGGCAACCUGGUACAGCCACGAGAAUCAGUUUCACCUCUUCUGCACCGGCACACACUAUCUCGGAUGUCGCGAUUUGAAGAGUUUUUGGAUGCUUUUAAUGCCUACUCGCACACUCACUUCGAAAAUGCAUAAAAUUAGUGGCUGAACCGAACAUUUCAGUAUAUAUUAUAAGCGGCGCUUAUUACAGACAAAAAAAAAACCUUGACAAAAUCAUUACUGUUAAAAGAAAAAGCUGUACGCACCAUUGAAACCGUAUCACCCAGAGAGCAUGCAGCCCCUUAUUUUUCAAAGUACCGUAUACUGCGUAUUGAUCAGCUUUUCAAUGUUAAACCUGCGGUAGAAAUAUAUAAACAGAUUAGUAGUGACCAGGCGGCAUGCUAUGAGCUCUACCAACGUAAAAGCACACCUUAUAAUCUCAGAAAUCAAAAUUAUAUGACACCAAAAUCUCGAACUAAUUAUAGUUUACGAAGCUUAGCACAUCAGGUUCCUGAAUCUUUAAAUAAGUAUUUGGAAAUUGAAGAAAUAGUUGAAGAUGGGGGCUGUAGGGUGA